GUUGAUGCAGCGUAAGAUAGCAUUGGGUUUUCUAGCUGCCCUGGGUAGAUCUUCCUUCCAAAAGGAAACAGACCCCAAAAUAUUCAGAUUUGGAGGAAAGGAUGCAUUUUCAGCUGUCUCAGUACACAGUUGGCUCUACUAAGAAUCCCAAUCACUUUCACAUGGACUGUUUUCAAGCCAAGUAUCACCCACCUUUCCAACAUGAACUGGUCCAGAUGUGAGUAAAUGAUUGAUGGAGACCCAUACCAUGACUGCUUGGUGAAGGGCUGGGCGGGGAAUUGUGGGGGAAACCCCAAACACGGACCCAUGAUCUGAUCCCAAGCUGCCAAUAGACUCUUCCCGGUGCAAGGGCAAUUCAGCAGGGACUGAUCUGAACAAUCCGCAAGUGUCUGAAUCGGGUGUUGUUGAAGUUGCAUUUGGAACAACGGCACAGGAAACGUGCAAAAGAAAAGCACACACUGUGACGACUCUGCGGGGGUCGUUGAAAGGUGCAUCUAAAUUGCAGAAUGGAUGCAUUUUGACCCACACUAAUUCUACUGUGUUGAUGCACCCUCAAUCUUCCUCCAAGAUAAGCAGAGGCAUUUUUUGGAAAUUUUUGAAAACUUUUUGGAACUGUAGAACAUGUGUCUUGGCAUGACUGAUAUCAAUUUAUGGAACUGACAGAAUACCCACAGAAUCAAUACGGCGCUUCCAAGUGGUCGAAGCCAACACAUGGCAGCUCUGAGAACACUGCAACGCACCAGGCACUGUUGUAUUAUUUCCAUGUUCGGAAAUAUUUGUGUUAUCGUUUUUGGGUGGAUUCUGGCCCUCUUAGUUUUAGGCGUGGCUGAGGGACCCAAGUCUUCAGGGUCUUCUUGAAGCCACCUCCAAUGGGCCAGGAAGGCAGAGAAAUCUUGGUUUGGUUGCCAGCUUGGUGAUCUCAUGGUUGACCUCACAGAGAACAGAUUCCAUAUCGGAAGGCUGCCCAUUGCUAGUGGGGAGGGGAGGGAGGGCUUGGAUGGCAAGAAGAGUGACCCUUCACUAGGAUGCUGGCGGAGCAGGGUGGCUGGGAAUGAUGAUAAGCAAAGCCACAACUUGACUCCGCAGCAGAAACGCUUUGGUCUCUCCUUCACAAAGAAGGAUCCGAGGAGGUCUGAGACAUGAUGGUGGAAAGCCAGAAGGUGCCGGACCUAGGGGUCUCCUCGGAGCCACAGGUGGUCCGGAUGCUCAUGAAGACCCCCUGGCAAAUGGAGGAGUUCAUGGUCCACAAGGCCAUGUCCGUCCGGGAGCUCAAGGCACAUGUUGCCCGGCAUUUUGCCGCCUCUUCGCCAGACCAAGUGGAGUUGGUCUAUGCUGGGAAAGUCCUGAAGGACCACAAAACCUUGGGCCAGUAUGCCAUCCAGUUGGACGACGGGGCCCUCGUCCACGUGGUCAUCCGGUCCCAGCGGGGAGGGCCUCCAACGCCACGGGCCCCCAGCAGCGCCUUUACCCAAGACUGCCUCCGUGAACUGACCGCCAGCCUAGGCUCGAACACGGCCAAGUUCGAGGCCUUCCAGAGCCGGCUGAUGUCCCAACCAGAAGUCAUGCUGCAGCUGCUGGAGAACCCCUUCAUCCAGAGCAAGCUUUCCAGCCCGGACCUGAUGAAAGAGCUGGUCACCAACAGCCCACAAGAAGUGCAGCAGGCCAUGCAGUGGUCUCCCGAGACCAGACACUUCUUGACCUCUCCAGAGGGAUUGCGGCUGGUGGUGGAGCUGGCCAAGCACCCGGCCGCAUUGAGGGAGAUCCUUCGGCCAAAUCCUCCACCCGCCGGACCCCCAGGAAGCCUCCCUGGUGGACAAAACAACAACAGCAGUGGUGGCAGCCUCCACGGGACCUUCUCUGAGGUCCAAGGAUUCAUGCCCAGAAGGCCAACCCCAUGCAAUGGCAACCAUGAUGAAAAGCCCAACCGGAUGAGGGAGCGUCUCUCACCCCGCAACCCUUGGCCUCCGAAGGCAGCUUCAGGGGGCAACGACCACAGCAGAGGAGAGAGCCAUGGCAUCACAAGAGGAGAGGCUGGGCCACUAGUGAAGAGCCUGCUCCACCAGAUCAUCAAGCAUCUCCUGCAGAACAUGGUGAGCAGCCCUUCCAGGAUGGCCACCAGUGGUCAAGCAGCCAGGAGUGCCGCUGGGUCCAGGGCCUCCCGGGAACAAGGAGCAUCGCACGUCCCGGCCCUCUUGCAGCAGAUCCAGAGCAUGGACCUCCUCCUGGCCAACUGGAGCCCCAAAGAGAUCCAGGGCCUGCUCGACAUUCAGCAGCGGCUGCAAGCCCUGGCUACAGAUGAGCUGCCGGCCACGGAGAGGAGAGGACGAUCCGAGCGUCCAGCACGGAGGGCCCACUCCAUCACAUCUCUCUGCGACCGGGUCGCACUGCCAGACCCUCAUAGUACCGGACAGCAGGACUUCUCCACUGCCCAGCGGAUCCUGCAGACCUUAGUUGGGUCUGGUGUCCCCACUGGCCCAAGGCCCACUGGACACCAAAGGGGUUCCUCGGCCCAACCGUCGGCCAAGCAAAAGCGAACCUACAAGCUCUGAGUUGCAGAGGCUGGACGUUGGGGAAAGGGGACGCCAGGAGCUUCUCCAAGGACUGGAUUCCAUAGUUUCUGAUGAUUAAAAAAGGCUUUAGAUCUUU